UAAAAAUGGAAAAAUUGGAAAUAGAGUAUACAAAAGAGGCAAAAACUCCAUAUUUAUACAUGUAUAUUUAAAUUUCACCAUUCUCCGGCGGCUGCACUCCUCUUUCCGCCCGCUCUCCUGGCGGCGUAAACCCUUUCUGCGGAAAUUAAAGGCACAAUGUCGGGCUGGACUCCCAGAUGUCGCUUCUCCGCCCAUUUUCUCGCCCUCCGAACUCCCAUCACCACCGCCAGCAGCCGUAAACUCAUCUCCACCGAGUCAUUGCUCUUAAACCAUGGAAAGACCCUGAUGAGGUGGCCUUUAAAACCCCAGCAUCGAUCACAAUCACCCAGCUUAAGCCCCCCUUCCCACCCAAACACUAAGUUUCAACCCCAAAACCCAAAUGAUUUCACCAAAGUCUGUAACCUCCUGAGAGAUCCUACCGUUUUGCCCGGCCCGGACCUACAACAGGCAUUGGACAGUGCUGGAAUUGUGCUUGACGAGGCUCUUUUCCUUGAUCUCUUCAACCACUUCGAUUCUUCUCAUAAAACCCUAUUGCCCCUCUUUCUUUGGGCGGAGAAGCAGCCCUGGUGCAAUUUUUCCGUAGCUGUGCUCAAUGCGAUGGUUAAUGCUCUUGGAAAAGGAAGGGACUUUGAAAGUGCUUGGUCUUUGAUACGUGAACGGAUUAGUUCGUCGGAUGCAAAGCCCAAUUUAGAGACAUUUACAAUUAUGAUCAGACGAUAUGCUCGUGCAGGUAUGAGCAUGGGAGCCAUUAGAACGUUCGAGUUUUCAUCAACUCUUGAAUUUAUUCGUUCAUUGGAUCCAGAGAAGAAAUUAUUUGAGAUUCUAUUAGAUUCUUUAUGUAAAGAAGGGCAACCCAAGGUAGCUUCUCAAUAUUUCAACAGGAAAAAGGGCCUAGACCCUAGUUGGGUUCCAUCCACGAGAAUUUAUAACAUUCUGCUGAAUGGAUGGUUUCGGUCAAGAAAUCUUAAAAAGGCUGAAAAGCUAUGGAUGGAGAUGAGAAAGGAAAAUAUCAUUCCUAAUAUUGUAACUUAUGGUACUCUCAUUGAAGGAUAUUGCCGCAUGCGCAGAGUAGAGGUCGCAAUAGAGCUGAUGGGUGAAAUGAGGAAUGAAGGAAUUCAGCCCAGUGCUAUUGUCUUCAAUCCAAUAAUUGAUGCAUUGGGAGAAGCUGGGCAGUUCAAGGAGGCCUUGGGGAUGAUGGAACGUUUAAUAGUAACAGAAUCUGGCCCCACAAUUUCUACGUACAAUUCACUAGUGAAGGGUUUCUGCAAGGCCGGGGAUCUCUCAGAGGCUAUUAAGAUUCUUAAGAUGAUGAUAAAUAGGGGUUUUAUGCCAAGUCCCACCACUUACAAUUAUUUCUUUAGGCACUUCUCGAAGUAUGGGAAGAUUGAAGAAGGCUUAAACCUUUAUACGAAGCUGAAUGAAUCUGGAUAUGAGCCUGAUCGGCUUACUUACCAUCUAUUGGUUAAGAUGUUAUGUGAACAAGAAAAGCUGGACCUGGCAAUGCAAAUAAUCAGUGAAAUGAGGACUAGAGGAUGUGACAUGGACCUGGCUACAAGUACUAUGCUGAUUCAUUUGCUCUGCAAGAUGCAGCGAUUUGAUGAGGCUAUUCAAUGGUUCGAAGACAUGGUCCGGAGAGGGCUUGUACCUCAAUACCUCACUUAUCAGAAAAUGGUUGAUGCUCUAAAGAAACAGGGAAUGGACUCAAAGGUAAAUAAACUUUGUGAUAUGAUGGCGGCGUUAUCGCAUUCAAAAAAGUUGCCUAACACAUACACUAUAGUUGUUGGAGAUUCUUCACCUGUAAGAAGAAAAUCAAUAAUUGAGAAAGCCGAAGAAAUGUCUGACAUCUUAAAGACAUGUGCAAGCCGAAGUAAGCUUGCAAAACGUAGAAACCGGCUUCAGAAUGUCAUGCCAAUUUGCAAACCCGCUGAUUGAUAGAAAACAUCGAGUCUCUUAAGUCUAACCAGCCCGGUUCAACCUCUUCCCAUGACACCCUGCGCUCCCUCUGAGAGAGAUUAUACAUGUGCUGACAUGUUGGUGGGGCUAGGCGGCUAGCAUUGAGGAAUCGGUUUGGCCCCAAGUGUGGGUCAUGAGCUCCACCUGUGUAGUGCAGGGUGUAACUUUGCAUUAUAAAAAAGGGAAACUCGAGUCCUUCACCACAGAGUUAACCGAGCAUUGAAUCUUGUUAGUAUAUCCUUCUGCUCAUGCUGUUAAAAAGGGAAUGUGAGCCUGUAUCAUUGUGUUUCUUUGAUGACCCAACAGAUUGAUCGCUCGCAUUUGGGAAGAAGCAAAGCACAUCAAAUCACUCCUUGACCAUGCUGAACAUGCUUCCAGCUCUACAAUAUUUAUAAUCUAAGUUGAUUAUGCUUCUACUAAAUAAUCUAAAUGAACACUAAUGUUGAUUUUAUAGAACAACCAUUUAUGUGGUAUGCAUCUCUCUAUUACCUAAAUCUGAGUAUAUUCCAUAAGCAAGAUUAACAAAAAUUGGUCCCGAAGGCAUAAAGAUGGCCUUUUCUAAGCAUAAAAAAGUAUGUACCAAAAGAUGUUAAUGGCAAUGUUGGCUGUGGAUUGCCAAUAUAUAGAUUAGCAUAUGGAUCAAUGACAUUGACUAUAGAUUGUGG